CGGAAGUGACGCGGGGCGGGCCCACCCGCUCGGUGCUGGGCGAAGAGAUUCAGUCAGAGAGGAGCGCCCGCCCUCGGCAGACUACCGGAGAGGAGACAGGAACAGGGCCCGCUUGUGCUGUGGUGAGAGAAAAUAGAAAUGGCAGAACAAGAGCCAACCGAAGAACAGCUGGCUGCCAUUGCCGCUGAGAAUCUGGAUGAAGAAUCUACAGUGACUUACAAAGCUCCAGCGCAGAAGACUCUUGAAGAGAUUGAGGAACUGGAUAAGGAUGAUGAGAGUCUCAGGAAGUACAAAGAAGUACUCCUCGGAAACCGCUCAAAAAUUGUCGACCCCAAUGUUCCAAAUGUUCAGGUGACUCGAUUAACACUGGUGUGUGCAUGUGCACCUCAGCCCUUAGAAUUGGAUUUAACAGGUGAUGUUGAAAAAUUAAAAAAUAAUUCUUUUGCGCUGAAAGAGGGAGUUGAAUACAAGAUAAAAAUCAGCUUCAAGGUUAAUAAAGAAAUAGUCUCUGGGCUGAAAUAUGUUCAGACAACGAGCAGGAGAGGGAUCAAAAUUGAUAAGACAGAAUACAUGGUGGGGAGCUAUGGUCCACGUGACACUGAAUAUGAGUUCGUCACAUCACAGGAAGAAGCACCCAAAGGAAUGUUGGUGAGGGGCACCUAUACUGUCAAGUCGCUUUUCACAGAUGAUGACAGGCACACCCACCUUGCCUGGGAAUGGCAGCUCAACAUCAAAAAGGAUUGGAAAGAUUAAUCAACACAAGACCAACCGUAGUCCAUCUGACAGAGGAAACAAAUAAAACACCACCUGUACCAAAGUAAUCUUUUUCGAGAAGGAACAAAAACAUGAGAUUUAUACUGCACAGCGAGAUCAUUGGCAAAAGAAAAUCAAAACACUUUUUUUUUUGUAAGACACAAGUCAGAGGCAUGGCUGUGUUUCAUUCCCCAGUCUCAUUUUAGUUUGCUUUUUUCUUCCAGCAGCUGCCUUUUGUGGGGGAUGGGGAUGGGGAGGGUGGGACUGCAGUGAUGCUUUAAAAGAGGAAGCAAUGAGUAAAUUAGACUUGGCUUGAAGUCUUGACACUCCACGGUGGAGCUUAAGCGCAUUGCUAAGCUUGGAAAUCUAAAUGAUUGUAAUGUUUCAACCAGGUAAAAGAAUUUAAUAUAAAUUUAGAGGCAGUUCUCAGAGUUUAAAAGUGAGUCCUGUAAUUUUUAUUGUGUAACCAUGUUGCCUUAUGUAUGCUAAAAUUGUUUUUGGAAAUAAUCACGGAAGAGAAACAAACAAAAAUCAUAGAAUUUCUUAGUUGAGGUCUUUAUACUAUUGGCAUGGAUCCAGAACCCAUCUUGUCUGCCUAGGUGUGCUGCAGCUAGUCUGACCAAUGCUGGCAUUUCUGAUGUGAAUGCACGCUUAUUAAAAGUAGUAUUUCGAGUCUACAAAACUAAGUAUUGAAGGCCUACAGUUUAGAAAGAUUUUUGAACCGUGUCUUGACAUGUUACAGCAGGUUGAAUCAUGUACAGGUUUUUAAGUAAGAAGUGCUAUGUGGAACUACUUGACCAUGUCAGGAGUGGCUGAAGUGUCAGCCAAAAAGAUAAAGGAGCAUUGCUUCAAAGUGUUGGAAAGGGAUGAUGGAACUCAUGUUACGCCUCUUUGUGUUUUGUGCCUCACAUCAAUCUGUGUCAGUAUUCCAUUUCUGGAUUCUCUGCACCAUCAUCCAGCUAAUUUUAGUCGAAUGGUUUCAUUUUUAAAAUGUCACAUAUUCAAUAAAGUGUUCUAAGCAGCCAGCAUAUUAUCAUUGGAAGUUUGUAGCCAUUGAGGUUAGAACUGGGACCAAAUGUGAUUUUACGUGUCUGUCUUGCCAUAUCCCCUGCUCUCCCCCUUUUACAAUAAUGGAUUUUUUAUGUUCUCAUGACUCCUGUGUAGACUGGACAUUAACAGAUUAAAGAACCGUACUCUCAUUUUCACUGCAAAUAUAAUAAAAUAUUCCAACUAAA